GCACGUUUUAUUUAAUAUAACCAGAAGGACACUUUGAUGUGCAUCAGUUUCUGUAAGAUUGAUAAAGGGUUUUCAUUGUGAAUCUUGGAUAAAAUGUACACAAAAGUACUGACAUUUUUCGUAUUAAUCGUUACAAAGCAUACACAAGGUCAAGAUGUCACUUGUGAAUUUCCAUGUGAGUUGAGGGGUCGAACAUUGAGUAUUAUAGAUGGGACGGACACGACGGUGGGAGUUUGGACGUUUACGAAUGAUGGUGUAACAAGUUCUUAUACCGUGACCUCUGGUUCAAACUCAACGGAUCUUCUAACCUGUUAUCAACGUAUUGAACGAUUCCUCAUCUUCAGAGUAAACAACGAUAACGAGUUUUUAUGUUAUCUCUUUGACUACACUCCUGGUAUGACACCUAUAUCAUUCACCUUUGGAAUUGGAGAUAAACGUUCUACAAAUGAUGUAUGUACCUUUUGUGAUCCUCAAGGGAGUUUCAAACCAUUUCUAGCAAAAGAAUCUGGACAAACACCUACGGGCCCAGAUAAUCUUCCGUGUGGUACGGUGUCAUAUUGUUCAGAUGAAUAUCAAUGUGGCGCAAAUGACACUCUACCAGAAGGGUGUCCACCAACUACCAUAGCAACAACAACUGAGACAUCAACAGAGCCAACAACUGAGUCAACCACUGAGGCAAUAACUCAACCUACAAAACGAUGUCAUAAAAGAAGAAAACAUCACUGAACACAUCCGCCAUCAGUCAGAUAUACUGAGUUAAAUAAAUACAGUUUGCUCUAUUGAUAGAACUGAACAUUCAUUGUAAAAUUCUGUAAUUUCUUGCCAUUUUAGAUUACUAUUAUAUCUGAUAA